UCCGCACAAAUUACACCCACCCACCUCUCUGCUUCUUCUCUCUCUAUCCUUCUCGUUUUUAUCAGAACAAAAAGCAAAACCCCUUCACAACCCCCUCCGUUUCGUUUCCCUAUAAAGCUCCAAAAAAUGGCUGCCCAAGUCAGCAGUCUGAUUCGGGUACUCGCCGGCGCCGGCUACAACGACGAGGAUAACCGGACGCCCCUCGGUAAUGGCCAGGAACCAACGCCUCUCGUUACUCGCGAUUUGCUCGGCCAAUCUUCCAACCUCGCCGCCUCUCAGGAAUUGGACCUCGAUUUGCAGGUUCCCUCCGGCUGGGAAAAAAGGCUCGACUUGAAGUCGGGAAAAGUUUACAUACAGCGAAGUCAAACACCGGAUUCUCCUCUGAAUUCAGAUUCAAAACAACACCAAAUGACAAACCAAACAGAGUCCAAAUUCCAGGACUUGAAUUUCCCCCCAUCUCCUUCAAAACGAACAUUAAAUCUCUUCAACGAAACCAGCUUGGAUUUGAAACUGACGUCGUCGUCGCCUUCGUCACCGUCUCCGUCGACCAAUUACGCCAGUGUUUGCACUCUGGAUAAGGUGAAAUCCGCUCUGGAAAGGGCCGACAAGGAGCUCGUUAAAAAAAGGUCGUCGCUAUGGAAAUCGACUUCAUCGCCGUCGUACUCGUCGUCGUCGUCUGCGGCGGCGAAGGAAAUUCAAGAAGAAGAAGAAGCGGUGGAAAAUAGAAACGAGGCGGCGGCGCCGAUGGCGGUGGGUUGCCGUGGAUGUUUAUCUUAUGUAUUGGUUACGAAAAACAACCCGAGAUGUCCUCGUUGCAAUUCUGUUGUUCCGUUGGCGAGCAUGAAGAAACCUCGGAUUGAUCUAAACAUGUCUAUAUAAAAUAUCCAAAGGGAAAAUUAAGAAAUUUCCGCCAUGGCCCUCUCCCUGGAUCUUGUGUUUUGGGUAUAUGUAAAAUGGAUAUAUUCACACAAAAUUAUGGUUUCCAUUAUUCCAUUUUCAA